AUGGUUUCAAUUCGCAUAUCAGAAGAACCCUUUCUUCGGGGACUCGAUCGCUGCAAGACCAAUUUAAUUGGUCGUGUAACUGUGCCAACAAAGACUCCAGAACUUGUUCAACACUUACGGUCGCUCUGGUCUGGCCUUGCUCCUUGGAUCGUGGAGCCACUUGGAAGAGGUUUUUUCAUGCUUCAGUUUAAUAGCUUGGUUGACAUGCAACGCGUCUGGUCAUUAGGUUCUGUACGACUCAACUCUGGGAUGCUUCGUCUAAUCAAGUGGUCACCUGAGUUCUCGCCAUUAACCUACAAGAAUACCUUUGCACAAGUCUGGGUGAGACUCUGGGAUCUAGGGUUUGCUUACUGGGAUCAGCAAACCUUGUUUGAAAUAGCCGCAGGUGUGGGAACGCCCCUCAAGCUUGAUCCGAGGACAAAGAAUCGCACAGUGGGCUUGUAUGCCAGAGUCUUAAUUGAUGUCGACUUCUCACACCUUCUUCCAGAUAAACUCAGGAUAACCAGGGCAAAUGGAGAAGUGGUGGUGAUCGGAGUGGAAUAUGAAACAGAGCCAGAAAUUUGCAGCAUCUGUGGCGGCAUCAUUGGUCAUUUGGAUGCUUCAUGCCGUUCUGCAGUGCUCCAUAAUGACGACAAUGUGAGUCAAGGCAGGUCAUUGGAACGAUCAACCUUGAAGAAAAGAAAGUCGGCCAAGUCGCGUAGGAGACGGAAUCUUUCAAAGCAAGUGUCUUGUGCACCUGAUAAGCAUCUGACUGUAAUUAAAGAGGUUAGACUCAUUCCACCUUCUGACCAGAUGGAGGCAGGUCCACUAACUAUCAUCCCAUCCGAAUCUUGUGACAGUGUACCGCCCGGUUUUCCUCGAGUCACCCCAGUAGUAGAAGUCCAAGCUUCUAGUUCUACGUCAACUCUAGUAGCCUCACAUAUUAACCCUUCUACUCUGGUCACAGAUUGUAAUCAUGCACUGGUCAUUGAACAGACUGAUGAGAUAGCUAGGGAAGAGGGUGAAUUUACCCCGGUCCUCUCAAAAAAAUCAAAUAAGGUCUUGAAGCAGGUUGAAAAGUCCAAGAAAAAAGUUUCCCGUAAACCCACUGGACAGGCUCUCAUUAGCAUGGGAGCUGGUCUUAGGCAUCUAUGA